ACCGCGUGUCUUUCCACUCCAAAUAGCCGGCAAAUUAUUCCGGAAUAACUUCACCCAGCAGGCGGUAUAAAUCCAUAAAGCGAAGAGGUCGCCGCGAUAGUGCUUAUCGGUUAUCGCUUUGGGGGCGAAAAAUUACGUAUAAGUGUCGUUAAACUUUGGAUAUGCAAACAAACUACUGAUACACUUUAUGGCAAUAGCCAAGUAGACACACUGCCAUGAAUAACCGCUUAACGAGAGCGCUGGCCAAAUAUUUACCCCGGCCAUAAAGCGUGUGACAAUCCAAGAAGCCAACCAGCGAUGACGAUUGCAGCUCCGUCGAAGGUUUCCGCGUGGAAAACAUGUUUAUGCAUAUGAAAGCCACCGACACCGGCAAACUUUGAUAAAGCCUCGGCGCCGAGAUUAUGCUGGAGAAUAUAUAAAUCCCGACCAGACCAGAACACGGCACAGUUCGAAUCCAGCCAUUCAGCCAACAGGCAAUCCAAACCAAACCAAAGCGUUUCAAAGUCUAACAAUGAAUCAAAAAGUAUUUCUAGUCCUAGCUUUGGCUUUAACCAUCUGCCAGGCACUUCCUUUUGUAUCCUACGAUGACGUUGACGACACGGAGGUCAUCGAGCUGCCUGGCAAUUUAAUCGAUGAGAUGCCACCCGUUCUUGGCAAGGACAUCAUUGAUCUCACACCCCUCGGAACGGCGCUCUUUGGCAGACCCGAUGAGGAGCAAACGGCCGCUCGGGUGGGCAACUUCAGUGCCGAUGGGGAUGAGAUGAAUCCUGAGGAACUGGGCAGCUACCUGGAGGGCGACAUGCUGGUGCCCCAAACGGAUCUGAUCAUGAAGAACGGCCUGCCCACCCAAUCCUCCCGUUGGCCCAAUGGCGUGGUGCCCUACGAGAUUCGUGGCAACUUCAAUGCCCAGGAUAUGGCCACCAUCGAGAAUGCCAUUGCCGAGUACCAUCGCAAGACCUGCAUUCGAUUUGUGAGGCGCAGCUCGGAGAGGGACUACAUCUCCAUUCGCAGCGAUAACUCCGGCUGCUGGUCGUCCGUUGGACGAGUGGGUGGCAAGCAGGAGGUGAACCUGCAAUCUCCCGGCUGCCUAAGUCGUCCUGGAACCGCCAUGCACGAACUGAUGCACGCUUUGGGCUUCCUGCACGAACAGAACCGCAUGGAGCGCGAUGGCUAUGUGGCCAUCCAGUACAACAACGUUCAGUCCUCGGCGAGGAACAACUUCGAGAAGGCCACUCGAACGGAGGCCUUUGGAGUGCCCUAUGACUACGGCAGCGUGAUGCACUACUCCAAGAAUGCCUUCUCCAUCAACGGACAGCCCACUAUUUUGGCCAUGCAAGCCAGUGGAGCCGAGAAAAUGGGCCAGAGGGCUGGAUUCUCUGACUUCGAUAUCCAGAAGCUGAACCGGAUGUACGACUGUGGAACGGUCAAUACUGCUCCGUUUUCUCCGGCUGCUCCUGCUCCAGGAGUUGCAGGAGGUGCCGCUGCUGGCAGCGGAAAUCCCAUUGUGGACAGCUUCAUCGGCGGUCUGAUCAGCGGAUUGGGCUUGGGCGAUGACAAGAAGGAGACUAGCUCUUAAAAAAAAGCAACUUGGCCGCAGAAUCUACUAGCUCGUAUGGAUCACCCACGCUCGAAAAUAUUUAAUGCAUCCCAU